UUGGUUUGGGAGAGGAGCUGUACUCAGAAGAACAGACAGGAUGCAUUGGAAGACUUUGCUGCUGCUGCUGUUCUAUUACAGUGUUCAUGCCACUAUGACCUACAAAUGGAGCAGAGCUAUGCUCUUCCCAGCUGCUCAGCGACUGAAGAGGUCCUCAGCCACAUUUCUUAACCCAGUGCUACAAAACUCACUGGAAGACGUGGUCCUGCUUUAUGAGUUUCUUUUAGCUGAGCUUGACAUUGACAAAAGUCAGAGAAUCUCCAUCAAAGAUGAGGAGCUGGCUUCACUGAGGAAGGCUGCUGAAUUUGACACCAUCUGCAAUGAGGUUAUCCCAAAGAGCAUCACAGAGGUCCGCAGGCUGAGUAGCAGACUGUCCACCUACCCGAGGGUCCUCAAGAAAGAAGACUUUGAAAGGACAGUACUGACUAUGGUCUACACAGCCUACAGGGCUGCUCAGUCCCAGGGGCACCAGAAGGACACUUGGGCUGAAUCUUUUGUUAAUCUUUACAAGGCCCUGAAGCAUGACUUGAUGUUCCCAUACAACAAAGAGCCAUCAUAGUGGAAGACUUAAUAUACCACCAACUCAGCCGUCUCUUCUGGUUGAUAACAUGUGUAACACGUCCACCACUUUAUUCUGCAAAUAGUUUAAUAGCCUGCUUAGUGAAAGAUUAUUUGUUUUCUAGCUCCCCCUCGUGGAAUCCACUUUAUAGAUACAUGUUAAAAGGGGAAAAAAUUAUCUUCAGUCUCUAGAAUUCAUUUAUGAACUGGCUAGGAAGUAUGUUCUGUGACAGGGAGAAGAAGGGUGUCUGCAUACACCCUUCUUAUAUAUGUAUGCACCAUAUAGAUAUGCCUUUAUUUCAUCCCGUGGAAUUCCUAUAAACACAUACAUAAGUAUAUGAUGCUGGUAUUCCCAUAUUGAUAUGUAUGUGCUGGAGAAUUCUACUUUCCUAGCUGAGAAAAAAAGGUGUCCAGGGGUGUCCAAUAAGAGAUCGUUAUAAACAGUUGAAGAGGCCCUCUGUAAAAGAAAGAGGAGCCAUAACUGUCGGUGCUCAGAAAUCAUGGGAAACAUAUUCAUUCCAAAUAUUCUUGAAAAUAAGUAGUCUGACUCAUUUCAUAGUCAUUUGGCUGAGCCAGUUUUUAAUCACAAUAACAUUUGCAGAAGACAAAGGGCACUGUGAAUACCAGCAGCAAACAAUUCCCUGCUCCCCAGAAGAGUUCUACCAAACAGUAUGUAACGAUCCUCUCACUAUUUGCACAUGACUUUGCUUCUGCUCCUAUUUCUUAAAAGGAAAAUGGAUUUGUCCUCUGUGGAGUCCAAGGCAAGACAAAGGCCCCAUUUAAUUUAACAAUAACAAAUUUUUCCUGGUUCUAUCACUUGAACCAUAGCUCAUCUAAGACUGUUCUUCAGAAUCCUCUGGAGGCAAGGGAAGAAAGUAAACUAUGUCAUACCUGGUGCUGAAUUUUGCAAUGUGGUUCAUCUUUAAUUGUAAAUUGCACUGUGUAUGUGUGUGUGUGUGUGUGUGUGUGCGUGUGCGCGCGUGCACCUGAGUGCAAGAUGAAUCCUAAAUCAUUCAGUCAGGGAGCAACCGUAUCACACAGCUUGCUAGAAAAGGCCAUUCACCAGUCCAAUGGCAGAAACUGUCAAUAUGGGGGCAGAGAGGAAACUGCUAGUUCAUAGCAAAAAUUGCUUGUAGAAAUAAUGCAAUAGAUUAUUAUAAAUUGUGAAAAAAUCGUGGAAGAUAUGGCCUUAGUGAGCAGAAAAAGGAGAUAUGUGUUGUCUGACAAGUGACCAGCAAUGGAAAAAACAAAAUCUUCUAAAGCUAAUCUCCUAAUUUUUGUGAAUGAGUUACAUAAAUGCUGUUUCUCAUUUAUGCCAGAGAUGUUUUUACUUCCAGAGUGUGGGAAAGCAACUGAAUAUCUUUUUCUUCUUUUCAUGCCAGUACUCUCUGUCUCUCUAUUUACAUAAUAUAUUAAAGAGACAGACCCAAAUCCAAAAUCCCAGAGGCUCUAAAGGAUGAGUGAGGACCCCAGCCCCGAUUCUGAGCCACAUUUGCCUCCUUCUGUAUCACCUGGGCAAAAUAAGCAGUAAAAUCCCCCAUGUUCCUGAACAGGGAUGCUCCAAAGACUGGAGCUGGAAUAGACGAUCCGGCACCCCAUGACUGCAGUAAAACCCAAGCAGUGCAAGAGCUCAGAGUGCUGGGCUUUGAUGGUUGCCAAUGGGCCUGCGGCAGCUUCCAGGGUAGGCUGGCAAUGGCAUAAGCAACUGGACAAUACCUUUGUAAAAGAAAGUGAAUCGUGUAUGUCCCUAGCAGUUUCUGCGUGAGUAUGCAUGGGUGUAACGUGUUUACAUGUAUAGGUACGUAUGUGCAGGUGCACAUUUCUACGCAGAGAACUUCGAUGGCCAUCUUCAAAGUCUGGUUGACAUAUGACACAGCAAACUGCAAACCUCACCCACAGAGCUAUGAGCAACAAAUACCUCCAUCUCCUCUGCCUGCAUACACAGCUCUGCACCUACAAGGCAGUCUUGCACUGCUGCCUGUGUGUGCUUUGAGCCUUCAGCAUGAUCUGUUUGUGUUUUCCUCCCACACACCAUGUUUUAUUACAGGAACUCAGCAGGAGAAGAAACACCAUUGAGCAGGUAUCAUCUCCCUUUCAGGCUUUGCUUCUUCAACUCCCUAAAGCACCUCUUGCUGAAGAGCCUGCAACCUGACCAGUUCAUAAAACCGUUUACAGCCAGUGAUUCCAAAUCUGCAAGGAUAACAGGAGAGAGCAUGACAGCAAGUAUUACAAGCGCUCACUGCCAAGAGAAAUCACUUCCCAGCCACCCUCCUCACCCUACAGCAGAACUAUCUAGCAGUCAGAGUUUAUUCAUCAGUACGUAUCAUAAGCCCCGUAGAAAAGAAUUAGAGAUAAUUUUGAACAUCCUAUCAUUCCCUAUGGUACACUGUACCUCACAGAUUGAUAAUUGAAACCUUUAUUUCCUCUGCAGCAAAUAAAUUCUUCUUGAGUUUGUUUUCUUAUUCCCAUUACUAUGUAUAAAGUAAGAAAAGAGAUUUAUUUCUUGGUACUGUGCUUGGACUGCCCAGGUUAAUUUA